AUGGGUGCAUUUUUCAGUGUGGCGAGUACAAAAUCUGACAAAAGGGAAUGGAAUGGGGUCUCUCCAAAUGAGACAUGUAAGAGGCAAAAAAUGUCUCUUACUGUUGAUGAAGAGAGUCCAAGGCUAAUUCCUAAUCUCCCUGAUGAGUUAUCACUUCAGAUUAUUGCUAGACUUCCUAGAAUUUGUUACUUAAAUGUAAGGAUGGUAUCAAAGAAGUGGAAGUCAACUAUCAUAAAUUCAGAACUGUAUAAAGUAAGGAAAGAACUUGGGACAACUGAAGAGUGGCUUUAUCUAUUGAUUAAGGUUGGAGAAAAUAAUCUUCGAUGGCAUGCUCUAGAUCCUCGUUCUAAGAUAUGGCAGAGAGUGCCUAAUAUGCCCAAUUUUGCUAAUGAAGAAGAACCUAGAAAAGGUUCUUCAAGGCUUUGGAUGUGGAACAUGGUGGAGAGUAUCAGGAUUGCUGAAGUUAUUAGAGGCUUUCUUGGACAGAAGGAUGCAUUUGAUGAAAUGCCCUUUUGCGGUUGUGCAAUUGGAGCUGUUGAUGGAUGUCUAUAUGUUCUUGGUGGAUUUUCUAAGGCUUCAACUAUGAGAUGUGCGUGGCGAUUUGAUCCGAUUCAUAAUACAUGGAGCAAGGUGACUUCUAUGUCCACGGGUCGGGCAUACAGUAAGACAGGCAUCUUAAAUAACAAGCUUUAUGUUGUUGGAGGGGUUAGUCAAGGUCAAGCUGGAUUGGUUCCCCUCCAAUCUGCUGAAGUUUUUGACCCCUCUACAGAUACAUGGUCGCAUGUACCUAGUAUGCCAUUCUCUAGAGCUCAAGUCCUUCCCAGUGUUUUUUUGGCUGACAUGUUAAAGCCUAUUGCCACAGGGUUGACCUCAUACAUGGGGAAAUUGUGUGUUCCACAGAGUCUGUAUUCAUGGCCCUUUUUUGUUGAUGUUGGGGGAGAAAUCUAUGAUCCUGAAACUAACUCGUGGAUAGAAAUGCCAGCUGGAAUGGGUGAAGGCUGGCCUGCACGGCAGGCAGGUACCAAAUUGAGUGUUGUAGUGGAUGGUGAAUUAUAUGCUUUUGACCCUUCUAAUUCUAUGGAUAGUGGAAGGAUCAAGGUAUAUGACCAACGUGAAGAUGCUUGGAAAGUAGUUAUUGGAAAAGUUCCUAUAUACGAUUCUGCUGAUUCAGAGUCUCCAUAUCUACUUGCUGGUUUCCAUGGAAAGCUCCAUGUCAUUACAAAAGAUGCCAAUCAUGAUAUUGCUGUUCUACAGGCAGGCUUGCGCAAUAAUUUGGAUUCCUCAUUAUCACUCUCAACUCUGUCACAAAGUACACUGCAUGAAUCUCCAGAACUAGCUUCUGAAUCAGAUGCAGCAGUUGUUUGGAGGGUGAUUGCCAGCAGGGAUUUUGGGCAGGCCGAAUUAGUCAGUUGCCAAGUUAUUGACAUAUAG